AUGCCACCAAAGCGCAAAGCCGCAUCAAGUUCUGCUGCGGCAGCGCCCAAGGAACGUCAAUCCAAGCUGGCCAAGGAACACAACAUCACGGCGCGAGAAGAGGCCGAAAUUAGGGAAGCGUUUGCCUUGUUUUCCGAACCCAUGGAUGGAGAAAAAGAGGGCGUGAUACCGAUUGAUGAUGUGAGGAGAGCCAUGGUUGCCCUGAAUAUCCCACCGACCAAGGCCGAACUCAAGGAGUUCCUAGAAAUCCUCGACCCAGACGAGGAAGGCCACGCACAAUGGGAACCCUUUGUCGCCAUUUGCGCGCUCAAACUGCACCAGCGAGAUGACUCCGACGACGGAGACGAGGCCCACGCCGCCGAAGUCGCGGAAGCGUUUGCCUUGUUUACCGGCUCGGGAGGAGGACAACAACAACAAGAAGUCGGCACCGAAACCUUGACUAUCGCCCAUCUUCGUCGCGUCGCCAUGACGCUCAAGCAAGAUGUCCCCGAGGAUCUGCUCCGCGACAUGGUUCUCGAGGCAAAUUACGGCGCCGGCGUCGGCAGGGGCGUCAAUCGCAAAGAGUUUGAAGAGGUGAUGCGGCGGGCGGGUGUGUGGAAGUGA